AUGACUUCCUUGGCCGCUGCGGUCACAGGCCCGUCAACCGUGAGCGGUUCCCGCCUUGGCCGACAAGCCGGUCACGGUGAUCCGGAUGAUAUCGGUCCAGAAUUUUUAGCACACUUAACAAACAUAACAGUACCCCAAGGAAGGGACAUAUCAUUUACUUGUGUGGUUGACAACUUAGGCCAAUAUCGGGUGGCAUGGAUUAAAUCUGAUUCGAAAGCAAUACUUGGCAUACACACACAUAUGGUCUCACUAAAUCCAAGAUUAUCUGUGACACACAACGGCCACAACACCUGGAAACUUCACAUAUCUCGUGUACAAAUAAACGACUCCGGCAGCUACAUGUGCCAAGUUAAUACAGAUCCCAUGAAAAGCCUUUCUGGACAUUUAGACGUUGUUGUACCACCAGAUAUUAUGAACCACCGAGAAAAUAACCAAGAGGAAGGAGUAAGCACAGAAGGCGGCAGCAUAUCACUAAUAUGCAGUGCGACCGGUGUUCCAGAACCAAAAGUACAGUGGCGAAGGGAAGAUGGAAAGGACAUUAUACUUCGAGCGGAAAAUAGAGAUAAACAAGCUUUUAAGUACAUAGAAGGAGAACGCCUUACACUGACUAAUGUUCAUCGAAGCGAUAUCGGUGGCUAUAACUGCAUUGCAUCUAAUGGAGUACCACCAUCUGUGAGCAAACGUUUUGACGUGCAUGUGAAUUUUCCCCCAGCAAUAAAGGCAUUUAAUCAAUUGGUAGGUGCGCCUUUGGAUAGAGAAGUGACUUUAGAAUGCAUUGUGGAGGUAUAUCCCAAGCCUCUAAAUGGCUGGUUUCGCAAUGAAGGCAACAUCAAACUCCAUAAUGGAAGUAAAUAUAAUAUAACAGAAACAAUGAUUAGCCAGUACUCAUGGCACCUUAAUCUGACUAUAAGGCAUCUGACAAAAUCCGACUUUGGAGCUUACAGCUGCUCAAGCGUUAAUGCCCUUGGAAAAAGUGAAACGCGCAUUCGUUUACAAGGUACUGAAUAG